CCCGGCGCUGAGUGCGAUGGAACGGUCGACUCGAGUGUCUGGCGCUUGAACCCGCCACUCGGGGAGACGCUCCCUCCCGGUUCCUCCGGUGUCGCCGUGGUGAACACUGACAUGUGUGUUUAGAUUGCCCCCUGAUGGCGACGCAUUAAUUCGGGGAAAUAUCCCCAAAGUUUAAUUAUUCCUGAACGGUGCGGCGGCGGACACUACCGUAUAAAUCAGUUAGGCCCACCCGUCUUUUUAUUACCGGCACUAUUUAUGGGGAAUGUGUGGCAGCUGGUCGAGAUGGAAAAAAAAGCCAGAGGCUAUUGCUAUGACGAUGUCCGCUGCUGUCGUGUUCUGAGCGCCAUCAAUUCAUUUUUGAACCGUUUGAAUUGUGCGCUACAAUCUAAAUCGGGAAAGUCGAGCAAUAUUAGGCUAUUUUAAUCUCACCUGUGAGCCGUGAUGACACGCCGACUGUGAACCUGUACAAACAUGUACACGUUGUGUUUAAAUGAUCCCGGACGCCUGAUGAAAUUGCUAAUUUUGGCCUGUUCAUUUUGCCUCGUAUACGUCUGUGUGUAUGCACGUGUGUAAGUAUGUGUGUGUUUGUCUCUUCUUCUUAUCAAGAGGACCAUAGUGGGCUCUUUGUUUUAGCAGGUAGAGUUCUCUCCUAAACGAGGACGGCCGAUCAGGAGAAGAUUAAUGAAGUCAUUUCAUGCAUGGCUCUGUGCCUCCGUCCUCCUGGACGCACGUCACUGUGUCUAAACCUGUGAUUUACACUGGACUGUGUUAAAUAGACUUAACCCUUGACAAUAAUAUGUCUCUCUGUUUGUGACACACGUACACACUCGCUGCAAAAAACACGCAAGACAAUCUGCAAUAUCCCUCGCCCCUCUGACAAAAUCGGCUCGGAUCGUUUGCUCAAGUUUCCGUCAUUCGUAUUUUUAUAAUCCCCUCUCUUUAUUUUACAUAAGGAACCCUACUGAGGGUGCGUGAGACGUGUGCUGUGGUUGAUAUCUGCUGGCUUUCCACAUAAUUUAUGGCAGUUAAACAAAAAAUAGUCUUAAAAAGCUUUUGUAGCAUGAAACUGAAUCUUUAAGUCAUAUUCAGCCUGGACCGGUUAUUCAGGAGCAUAUUACCACAUCCUGGUUUUUAUUUAUACUUUUUGAACAAGAGUGUUGACAUUCUGCACUUAUUUAAUCUAUUUUGACUUAAUUAUUGAUUAAUUAUAUUACCGUAUUACAAAUAUAUAUUCUUGGAAACAUCUCACUGUUUAUGAGUGGCCAAGGUAACUGAGGAUUAAUUUUAUUAUGAGGCGCUAAUGAUAUGUUGGUAAUGGCUUCAUGAUGCAGGAGAUUCUGUGAUAAAACAAUGACUUUCAUUUUCAAAAAGGCAAUAGCCAAACAUAUAGUGUAGUAUUAGUCUAGUAGCCAAACAACAGCACUGGGUCUUUUUAGGAAUAUGUUCCAUCAUUCAAACGUCAAACAGCCGUAAAGUGACAAAGGACUGUCACUUAGACAUAUGUUGGAGAGAAGAAUCCACCAGCUGUACGCUUCAUCGUGACGUAUCACACAAUGCCAGCUUUUGUCUAAGGUCAUUAACCACACCGGCUUUGAAGGAGUCUUUUAAAACACAAAACGCUAAUUAGAAACAGUUUUUAAGAAAGAUUUUUUUUGCCAGUAGUGGACUAUAAUUGCUUUUUGUAGAUAUCACGAGCCAUUGUACAUUUAUGUUGUUAAAUUAUACCAUGGCCAUGCCUCAUAAUGGAUGUAAUGGAAACUAAUCUUUUCUAAUGAAAAAGCAGAAUUAAAAAACGUGAUCCCAAAUGUAUACUGCUCGGCAUACGAGACUUAUCACCGAGCUUCUCUUUUACAUCCAGUCGGCUGAGCCGUUCUGCUGGACGCUUCCCCCCUACCGGGUCUGCGUGGAGGACGGUUAACUCUUUGCUCGCCACAGCGGGCGUUUGAGGCGACUGACGACUCCCUCUCGUCCCCCACUGACAGGAGCUCUGUCACGAGCCAUUUGCUUCUCUCAACAUCCUGAACUCAGCCCCUUAUAAGAACUAGAUCUGCCCAGUGCGGCCCAGACAGUUUACGUCAGACAAACAGCAGCGCCUGUAUCGCAAGAGGCCCUCUCUCUUUCCUGCCAGCAGCAUCUCCAGAACAGGAAGGAGCGAGGGGGGGGGGGGAUCGAUAGAUGUGAUCUGCUUCUUGGCCAGCGCUAUCUUGUGGUGCCGCUGGAGCACGGGGCUCAUGUUGUCGUCGUGGAGUGAGCUCAUAGCUUUAUAAAGACGACAGUGACAUCGCUGUGGAGCAGCUAAAUAUAAUCCUCUGCUGGAGACUGAAAAACGUAAUUGCCCAGGCCACAGAGCACCACGGCCCCCCCAGUGGUAACCCUGCACGAGCCCCCGGCCGAUGGACGAUCGAUCCGGGGCCCUCAUUCUCCAUUGGUACCAUAAACACAAGUCUCUCUCUCCAUCUCGUCUCUCUCUCCGCCUCACGUAUCGCUUACUUUCUCUUUUCCUGUUUUUCGGUCUCCUCGAUUUCCCUUUUGUUUGCCUCCAUAGAUCUGCACAUCAUAAAUCUCUGUCAGCUUCUCCUGAGUGUCUGGCAUAUCCGUUAAUAAAGAGACCCCUCCCCUCCCUCCAGGUCCUCCCCCUCCCCUCCCUCCUCUCUCUCUCUCUCUCUCUCUCUCUGCCAGAGCAGGACUAAUGAAUGAGAAACUCCAAAAUUAGGGGCCUCUCCCUCACAGAUUAGAAUGGGUCCCUGUGGAGCGUCGGGCUUUCCUCCAACCAAACCACAGCCAUCAACCCCCCCCCAACAUUUCCAUCUUCCAUAUUCUGUCUGCAGCACAAACACACCCUGAGACCAAAGAGGCUGCUGAAUAGAAUGGCCGCCGAUGACCGGCACCUGCCCUCAAGCUGCGGGUCCUACAUCAAGACGGAGCCGUCCAGUCCCUCCUCGGUCAUCGACACGGUCAGCCACCACAGCCCCAGCGGCAACUCCGACGCCAGCGGCGGCUAUGUCAGCACGAUGAACAGCCACUCCAACGGCCUGGACUCCCCCCCGAUGUUCACCCCCGGCGGGCUCGGGGCCGGCACCUGCCGCAAGCGCUACGACGACUGCUCCAGCGCCAUCAUGGAGGACUCGUCCAUAAAGUGCGAAUACAUGUUGAACUCCCUCCCCAAGAGGCUGUGCCUGGUCUGUGGAGAUAUAGCCUCGGGGUAUCACUACGGGGUGGCCUCUUGUGAGGCCUGCAAAGCCUUUUUUAAAAGGACAAUACAAGGUAACAUAGAAUACAGCUGUCCUGCCACAAAUGAGUGUGAGAUCACAAAGCGGAGACGCAAAUCAUGUCAGGCUUGUCGCUUCAUGAAAUGCCUCAAAGUGGGGAUGCUCAAAGAAGGUAAGAAGAGGGUGCGUCUGGACCGCGUGCGAGGGGGCAGACAGAAAUACAAGCGGAGGUUGGACACGGAAAACAACCCGUACCUCGGCUUGACGCUCCCCCCUCCCACUAAAAAGCCUCUCACAAAGAUAGUGUCUCACCUGUUGGUGGCCGAGCCAGAGAAGAUCUACGCCAUGCCCGACCCCACCAUGCCGGAGAGCGACAUCAAGGCCCUGACCACGCUGUGCGACUUGGCUGACCGUGAGCUCGUGGUCAUCAUCGGCUGGGCCAAGCACAUCCCAGGCUUCUCCUCCCUCUCUCUGGGAGAUCAGAUGAGUUUACUGCAGAGCGCCUGGAUGGAGAUCCUCAUCCUCAGCAUCGUGUUCCGCUCGCUGCCGUACGAGGACGAGCUGGUGUACGCCGAGGACUACAUCAUGGACGAAGAGCACUCGCGGCUGACGGGCCUGCUCGACCUCUAUGUCUCCAUCCUGCAGCUGGUCCGCAAAUACAAGAAGCUCAAAGUGGAGAAGGAAGAGUUUGUCACCCUCAAGGCCAUCGCUCUCGCCAACUCAGACUCCAUGCACAUAGAGGACAUGGAGGCGGUGCAGAAGCUGCAGGACGCCCUCCACGAGGCCCUGCAGGACUACGAGAGCAGCCAGCACCAGGAGGACCCGCGGCGGGCGGGCAAGCUGCUCAUGACGCUGCCUCUCCUGCGGCAGACGGCCACCAAGGCCGUGCAGCACUUUUACAGCAUCAAGGUGCAGGGAAAGGUGCCCAUGCACAAACUCUUCCUGGAGAUGCUCGAGGCCAAGGUCUGAUGGGAGGGUGGCUGGUUGGCCACGGCAACGGCGGAGGGCUGCGUAGCGAGACGGAAAAGUGACUUGAACCAAGGCCGAGGGUACUCGGGAGGAGACCCCCCCGCUGACUGACCUCUCUCACUCCUUCUCCUGGAGCCCUGGGACAGUAAAUAAAAAAGAACAAAUUCAAAACUUGGUUAUUAGUAUAAAUAUAAAAAUGCAGAUUAAUUUAAAAUAUAUAAGAAAUACUAUGUACAGUAAUGAUUUGUUUUUGUUUUUGUUAAUUGUCAGUGGUCAUGCUGUGUAGGAGGGAGGACCCUUCUGCCCCUCAGCAUCUUCAGAAUAAGUAGUUGCCAGUUCUUGACACGAUAAAGAGGUUUUCUUCUAUAAAAAAAAAGUUCUUUCAAUUUGAUCUGAUGAGUCGAGGCGUCAACAACCUUUAACAGACUCACAGUCUCGCUGUUGUUCUUUUCCUGGACUUGACCAGGACAUGUAUAUAUUUAUUAAUGGAAGACUAAGUGUACAGUUCAAAAUCUGGUGAACUUGGUGGCCAUUUUACUCGUGUUCUCCUUCUGGAAAAAAAAAAAAAAGAACUCAAAUUGUGACCUAAAUGUGAACUCUUUAUCAGUUUAAAUGUCCUUGGAUAUCCCUCUCCAGAGCAGUGCGCCCUGUGCUCUCUGGAUCUGUCUCAGAGCGGAAGGCCUGCUGGUCUCAGAGCGUCGGCCGGUACGAUUAGUCAGUCGUCUUGUACGGUAGUAACUGGGCAGUGAAGGGAGCUGUGGGCGAGCCGGGCGUGAACUGCGAUCGUUCGCGUGCUUUCCAACGCCGCCGUCGCUCGAGCGCCACGCCCGCGUGUCUCGGUCCCCCCUCGUCUCCUCGUCGUGGUGUGUGUCGGUGCUGUUCGUGUAACCCAUUGAACCCCCAAUUUGGUCAUUGUUUAAGCCCGUGGAAAUUGCCUCUUGGCAUGCAAAUAGAUGACCUGAUCGAGGUGAAAGACGAUCGGCGUGGCGGCAUCAAAGGACGUAUGCCGAGUGGCAGAAGUCCAGGCGAUUCCUUGUUCAAACAAUCAGAGGCCCAUAUGUCAGCCGCUCUAUUUCGGGCCCCCGUAAGCCCGUGGCGGAGUCCUCCCCGCACACAGGGAGCAAGGUGUCCGGCAUCUGCUCUCGCCAUUUUCGACACCUCUCGGCUUUAAAUAGCGCCGCCUGCGUUUAUAGAGCUUCGACCAAACAGAGGUCAACGGCAGGUGCAGAGAGGGAGCGGUGGCACUUCACACUGGGUUUAUUUUUAACCCGGCAGGAGGUUGUUGUCCGCCCGGCCUCCCUCCAGCAGUACGGGGGACACGUGGAGCACUUCUCGGUGACCUCAUGUUGGCCGGUGCGGAGUGACGCCCCUUCCCAGCGGCCAGGAGGCGGGCGGGCGGAUGCCUGAGCGUCAACAUGUGAAUCGCUAUGCAAGAAACAAAGUGUCAGCACACUCCGACGGGUAACAGCAACCCCACGGGGUGUCAGGACAAGGUGUGAUCCGUGGUGGGAGAGAGAGAGAGAUCGUGUGCUUCCUCCUCCCGGCGUUCAGCUCCAUGUCCGAUACGCUGGGCGCGAGUCCGAGCCGGACCGCUCGUCUCCGCGCGACAGAGGGAAUGCGUCGCAGGCGAACGCGUAUACGACCGGAGGACUUUAUGCGAUGUGAUAAAUCGUGGCGCUGUCACAAUAAUACGACACCGCGAUCAAAGGACAUCCCUGACAUUGCAGGCGGGUCGAGUUGCCGCCAUGCUUGCGAUAUCAAUGGCUAGCGCCGAUCCAGCGGCCGGCAUGCCUUUCAUACAGCAGCCCGAUUGGCCGCGUCGGUAACGGAGGACGACGACCCGCUCGCCCGAUCGCCCCCGACUCGGACGAGCCGCUGCCCAGUUAAUGAGCUCCACCGUCGAGGGUGACGAUGUAACUCGAGUUAUUUUUGCUGUUGCGCAAAUGCAACAGGGACCAAUUCUGACUGGAACCAUGCUCUCAGCGCAUGCUUUGACUUAGAUUUGGGAGAAUGUGUACGCUAUUAAGCGGCAUAUUCUACAUCCCUCGGAUAAAAGACUUUUUUAAGCUUGUUUCAAUAAAAGUGCAGUAAAAAAAUACAACUUUUGCAGGAAAUCGUUACAACUAGAAAUGCGUAUAGUGGCCCCGAGACUAUCAGCCGUAAGAAAACUCCACAGCGACUCCUCUCGCCUCCCCGUUUUCUGUUUCACCUCGCAAUAUGGCAGCGUGAGAAGAAAAGAAAAAGAGAACAUGUCUUACAUUACAAGCUGAGUCCAAGUGUGUAAAUAAAUCAGCGAUAAUACAGUUGCCGAAAUACCAUUGAAAAUAAAGUAUGCAGCGCCCUGCUGACUACUACCUCAUCAUCAUAUUGUCAAUAUUCCUCUGAUCCCACGCGGCCUGCUCUCCGUCAUCCUCACAUGUCGGUGACAUCGCUGAGCGUCCAUGUUUCUAUCUAAAGCUGUUUCUCUCCCUCAGUGCUCCUGCCAAAACAUUUGUAAUUGUAGUUCCUGAUCUCCUCUUCCCACUCAUCCUUCAUGAUCUGUUUGUAACGCAUGCUUCAUGUUGACCACAUGACUUGGCCAUCAGUGGGUGUGACCCCCAUUUUGGUUACUAAGCGGGUAUGUGUUUUUAUGAACAUCAAUGUGUCAGAAUUGGUCCCUUGAUGAUAAAUUGCUGACAGGGGUAGGUAACUGAUUUCCUGCUUCUGUGCUAUGAGUAUUUAUGGUGUGAAAUAUAUCAUUUGGCAAUGGUGUACGUUGAUAUCUCUGAUCGUUGAAUCACCAAUAUCUGUGUAACUUUUACGUUUUGAUUUUCAAAAAGGUAAAGGAUCAAUGAAUUAAAUACUACCUGAACUCUGUGA